AUGGCGCAUGUGUUGAGAUAUGGACCCAGACAAAGAGAACUUUUGCAUAAAUUGUCUCGUAAUUAUACAUCGUACAGCAUCAGUGUAAACGAUGCAGUUACACGAGCCCAUGACAAUCUGGUAUCUCAUGCAUCAUCAACCACUACACAAACCGUUAAUGAAACUAGCCCUACAAGGCUACCGUCAAAGAGUUUGACUGAGUCAUAUGAGAUAAGCUCUGUAUUUGCAUCCAACGUGGAACCAACAAGGGAAUUGCAAAUCAAGAACGAAUUGAUCAUGUUGAGCGAACAAAAGAGCUUUGAGAAAUUGGUCAGUGUGCUAGAGACAUGGUCCUCACGUGAUAUUGACGGAAUGGUCAAGACAUUGGGCAGGGAGUUGAUUGCGCUGUAUUUGAAAGACAUUAUCAAGGAAAAUAGGAAACGACAAGUGAAGAAACACUCACUUUCACCAAUCCAAAAAUCAAACAAGUUGAUGAAGAUGAUUCAAAAGUUGACUGAUUCAAGUGAUUUCACAGUUGAAAAUAAAUUCACAAAUGAGAUUCGAAAUGUGUAUCGAAACUUGAUUUACCGUGGUCGAAAUGAGCAUUUUUACAACAAGGACAAACGUCAAGAUAUAUAUCUGGGGAACAAUUUAACUGGAUACAAGUUGAUACCGAGUGAUUUUGAGAAUUUGAUGGAACUUGAAUUGGGCAACUAUAAACUUGAUUUAGCAUCUAGGUGGUUUCAAAUUUUCCGUAAGCAGCAUGGAGAUCAAUGGAGGCAACAUAUGACGCCAAGAUUAUGGACACUAGCAUUCAAGAUUGAUGGAAUGGGAGAUAAUAGAUUCUGGACUAUUAAGGAAACCGACUUGUCUAGUUAUUACAAGAAUCCACUCAGAAGUCGGUUCAACCCUAGAAUGAAGGUGGAUUUGAUGGAUGUGCAGUAUGAUUUGCAAGAUCUUGAUUUGGAAUUUCAUGCAUCUGUGAUCCAAUCUUUUGCUUACUCUGGACAACUCAAUGGCAUUAAAUCGUAUGUGCUGGGAAUUUGGGGUGUUGAUCAAAAUGGAAAAUUGAGUCUGUCGCGGACAAAAGUUGGCCUGUUAACCCAUUUGUAUCCAAGUACUGAUUUCUUAACUGCCUUGUUUGCGUCAUUUGCAUACAAUGGGGAGUUUUUUUCUGGUAUAAAGUAUAUUAAUGCGUUCCAACUUGCAUAUGAUGAAAUAGAUAGCGAUGGCGUGAAAAAUAAGGUGUUUUGGGAGCAAGUUUUCAAAUGGGCCAAUGUCUCCACCUUGUUUGAGGAGUCGCGAGCACUAAAGUAUUUCUUAACCAAGAGUAAUUAUUCAAGAGGAAACAGUGUCGAUUUGAAAGAUGCUCAAAAUGAUGCUAGUUUUGACUAUGUUGGGUACUUGCAAUUUAUUGACAGCUUGAAAUCUGAAAGAGUAAAGACGUUUGAUCAGUUGUGGUCAAUUAUCCAGAAUGAUAAAGAGCAUUUACCAUUUUCCAAUCUGAUAUACAAGGCGUACUUGGAUGUUUUAAAAGAAGCACCAGAAGAGUCAAAAUUGUUUGCGUAUUUAACAAGUCUUUUAAAAGAGUACUCGAGGUAUCAUGUCAAGACCAACACAUUUACGAAACGCUCCGGUAUGGGAUUCUUCCCAACUAAUGGGAUAAGCCACUCGAUACGUGUAUUGUAUACGGAAGCUAUGAAGUCGUUGGUUGAGUUGAAGGGAACCUCAACUUUUCUUGGCCAGAUCCAGCCCUUGAUUAGCAAAUGGAGUAUUGAUGAGCCCAUGGAAAAGAAGUUGAUGGCAUGGGCUGAUACGAGAAUGCCCGCUUACAGAAAGGACUUGGAAGCAAAACGUGAAGAGUUUAUGAAGAACUUAUCUCUGGAUGAGGAAGAGUCGCUAUUAGAUGUUUUGUAA